GUUUGAAAAUAGGGGAGGGGGGUGGUUUCGUUAGGAGGCAGUUCGAUGAAGAACCGCCAGCCCGGCCGUUUAUUCUUGAGCAGUCUGGGCAGGUGGGGAUUCAGACUUAAGGUACAUAAAUUCAAGGGACGUAGAUAAUCUGCAUUCUUCGAUUGGAUGGUUUGAAUGUCCGUCGUCUGAAGUUGGGUCGCAGCUGCGGGGACGGGACGGGUCGUAAUUGUGAUUGUCGUCGUGAACCGUAGCGCAAAGGAUACAUAUAGAGGUAUGGCUACGAGAAUGAAGUUUGAAAGGCCCAUCUAUUACCAAACAUAUUGGUAACCAUCACUAUAUAGUAAGAGAACUGUUGUCCCACGGCGUGCCACGUCGGCGAAAUUAUGCUGUGACACAUGACCAGCAUUAGUAGAAUAUAAGUUAUGUAGAAUAUAUUUCCUUCCACUCCAACAAGUUAUCAACGGAUUAUUCAGAAACUCGGACUGCCUAACGUUAUAUCAAAACCCUUUAUUACAAUAAACAAUAAAUAAGCCCAUCGACUUUCACGUGCGCAUUCUUCAUCUCCAUAUUAAAAUUGUCGUCCUUGUUUAUGAUCACGCACCGCCUUAUCUUAUCUUAUCGCAUUGCCUAGCCAACCACGUCGGACUCGCAAUUUCUAGAAUCCACACGCACACUCCAAACAUAACACUAAACUCUAGCUCACUUUAUAUAAUAUCAACACAAUCUCAUAUGAUUUCGCCCGUUCCUUCUUCCACCACCACCAUCGUUCUGUCGUCACAUACCUAUAUUCGCGCAUAGCCAUACAUCUAUACUCAGCUCUUGCAUUGCUAUCCACACGACUUGGGCUAAGCUGGUCCAUUCGGAGUGUCCAGAACAAUAUAACUUCAUCCCGCCAAGAGAAAAGGCCUAGACACCCCAAUAUGUUCACCCGAGGCAGGUCGAAAGAUCGUACCUUAAGGAAGGUGACUCCGCCAUCUGCGUCCUACAUGUCGAACGAUCAAUUCGCAAACUACCUCGCCGAGCUUCGAGACAACCGCAUUGCCCGCCCCGGAGGUGCCCGCCCUGCCCCUGCUCCAUCCAACAGCCGCAUGAGCCUUGACCAAAGCGCCUUCAAGACAUACUGCCUAGCCCCGGCCGCCCCCAGCCCAGUCAACGAAGCCCCAGCACGCGCCGAAAGCAUCAUCUCCCACCGCCGCGCGCGCUCUUCCAUGUCCAUAUCCUCACGCACCGGCCGCGCCCUCGUCCAGCCCCCCGCCCCAUCCGGACCACCACUUAGCGCCAACGUCGUUGUUCCCAGCGCGACAUAUAUGGUGCGCGGCCAACGCUGGAUGGAGCGCGAGGAGAUGACGUCUCUCCGGGACGCGCUUGAGGAUAUGGAUACCAAUGAGGAGCUCGAGGCCGAAAUCAAACUGCAAGCCGCCGCUCAACAGGAAGCCUCGGACCUAGUAUGGAAACACCAGAAUCCCCAGCCUGCCCCUGAACCGGACGCGCCCUACCGGUACCGCGACCACAUGCGCAAGAACAGCUACCAGCAUGCACGCGCCCAGAGCAUCGGACCCUACACUGGACCUGAUGCGGUUCCGGUUCUAGGAUUGCCUACGAGAUCUUUCUCCAACGGCUCGAAUGUCAGCUCCACGCACCACGAUCGCGUCUCCAGCGGCUCCUCCGAUUCGGACGCCCACCCGGCCCAGCGACCCGGCCAACGCGUUUCCUUCGACGAGCCGCGUGGUCGUGACCCCGGACCGCGCAAGGGCGCCAAAUCCUACGGGUCACUCGCACACACCAUUGGACACGCCCCAUCGCGCCGCCGGACCAGCGGGAAGCGCAAUAUCAACGGCGAAUUCCGGUCCUCCUUCACUACGGACCAAAUCUGGGAGGAGCCAGGCGCGAGUAAUGACGAGGCGGCUAAGGCGGCUGCGAUAAAGGGGUCGGCGGAUGCGCCGGCGCCGCUGAGGGUUAAGCCAAGGAAUCCGCUGAAUAGAGUGCAGUUCGAGGCUGAUCCCGCGGCGCCGCGCGCGGCAAGCACGCCACCUCUCGAGCUCAAGCCUAGAGAGCGGUUCGAGAUCUACAAGAACCCCCCCUCGCAGAGCCGAAGUGCAGGGUACACCGCCAACCCCGCCCCCGCCACCCCAUCCGCAAACACCCCAGCCGACGCCCUCCAAACCGCCGCUGCGCCCUCCGCAUCUUCUCCCACCAGUGACGGCCGCGAGAUCCGCAGCCACGACAUCCGCACAGCGACGACCAAGUCCCUGCGUGACCGCAGCCCGCUGCUCCCCACGCCCAGCGCCGUCUCCGACGCGCCCGGGCGGCCCAUCGUAAGCUUUGACCAGACGUGGACGCCGCCUUCGGCGGCGGCGAAGAUUAAGACUGAGGCUGAUGUGACGCCAGCUGCUGACUAUCGACGACCAAGGGUCGAAUCGAAAUUCGAGGCCACGAGACCCGUCCGCAAAAUCGGGGGCCCGAGAGAACCGGCCGGGAGGGCUUAUGGGGGCGAUAAGGAAGUUGUCGGGGCCGUUGGGGGGGGUCGUGGGGGGGUUGAGGCAUUCGUCGAGGUAAAGGGGGGGAGGAUGGGGGAGCAGAGGGGUGGAGUUAGGGGAGGAGUUACAGGUGCGAGAGAGCCUUUGGUGAGUACGCCGAGUAGUCCCGAUGUUAUGGUUCGCGAGGCGCCUUCGGUUUUAGUGCCUGCGCCGCCCACGAUUUCGGUCGAGAAGGCGCCGGCUAUCUCGGUUAGUUCCGCGCCUUCGAUAUCCGUCUCCCAACUGCCAUCGAUUUCUGUUUCUAGCCCACCUGCCAUCUCCGUCUCGGCGCCGCCAGCAAUUUCCGUAUCGGGGCCACCACCAUCAAUUUCCGUUUCCGGCCCACCACCAAUCUCUAUCUCAGAGCCGCCGGCAAUUUCCGUCUCUCGCCCACCAGCCAUCUCAGUCAAUUCAGCGCCAACGAUUUCCGUCUCCACGCCACCAGUCCCCUCUAUCGUGGAACCCUCUACCUCUUCCCGCCCGACUCCCCGCGCUCUUCCUGACCCUAAAGUCCUCGCCCGCAACAAAGAUCCCUUUGCGCGUCCUAACCGCAUCUCCACAAGCCACUGGUCUCCCGCCCCAGCUCCCGCCGGCGCCCGCGCAACCGCAACCUGUCACUACUGCCGGCAUCCCAUAGCUGGGCGCGUGAUAGCACUCGCUGGCCAUGCGGAACGCUGGCACCCGGGCUGCUUCUCCUGCCACUGCUGCCGCACCCAGCUCGCUGAUUUCGAAAUCAAGCCCGAGCCUGAGGCGGAGCGUGCCGCGAGGCUAGAUCGGGUUACAAGGCGGCGAGGUGGAGAGGUUGUGGAAGGCGAUGAUGAGGGUGGUGCAAGGGUACAGGAUGAUGGCGAUGAGAGGUUAAGGUUUUACUGCCAUCUCGACUGGCACGAGUUGUUUGCCCCAAGGUGCCGCCACUGCAAGACCCCGAUCGUAGGCUCGCAUGUCUUCGCCAUUGGCGCGCACUUCCACAGCGAGCACUUCUUCUGCGCAGAGUGCGGCGACCCAUUCCCACCUGGUAGUGCGCACGUAGAGCUGGAGGGGUACGCGUGGUGCACAGAAUGCGUGGCUGUACGGACGGAGCGGCGCGCGCCGAAAUGCGGGCUGUGCAAGAAGCCGGUUGUGGGACGCGUGGUGGGUGCGCUGGGGAGGGAGUUCCAUGAGGGUUGCUUUCGGUGUGGGGAGUGUGGAGGGGGGUUUGGGGAUGGGGAGAUCUUUUUGAGAGAGGAUGUGGGGGUGGCGUGUCGGGAGUGUAUGGAGAGGGGGUUGAAAGCUUGA